AUAGGCAUAAAUCCAUGAAAGGAACACUAAGAUACUUAGCUGGAAUUGCAGGGCCAAGUGGUUUUGGUUCAAAUUCAACUGCUGAACAAGUCACUCAUCAACACCAUUCUUCUUCUUCUUCUUCUUCCAAUCUAACCGCUAUUAUAACUGGGGCAAGUUCUGGAAUUGGAGCUGAAACAGCAAGAGUGUUAGCAAAAAGAGGAGUGAAAGUUGUGAUUGCGGCAAGGGAUAUAAAGAAGGCUAAACAAGUCAAAGAGAAGAUACAAAAAGAGAUUCCAAAUGCUAAGGUGGUUAUUUUGGAAAUUAAUCUUAGCUCCUUUGCUUCUAUACACUCAUUUUGCUCCCACUUUAUAGCUUUGGACCUUCCUCUUAAUAUUCUCAUCAGAAAUAAUGCUGGAGUAUUCUCUCAAAAUCUUGAAUUCUCUCAAGAGAAGAUUGAAAUGACAUUUGCCACAAAUUACAUAGGACAUUUUUUGUUGACCGAAAUUCUAUUAGAGAAAAUGAUAGAAACAGCAGAGAUGAGUGGCAUUGAAGGAAGAAUCAUAAACGUUUCUUCUGUGAUUCAUAGCUGGGUGAAGAAUAGAGAUGCCUUUCAUUUCAAUGACAUAAUCAAAGGAACAAACUAUAAUGGCACAAGGGCAUAUGCUCGGUCAAAAUUGGCCAAUAUUCUACAUGCAAAGGAAAUAGCUAGGCAGCUCAAGGCAAGGAAUGCAAGAGUAACUAUUAAUGCAGUGCAUCCAGGUAUAGUUAAGACAGGAAUUAUUAGAGGUCAUCAAGGCUUAUUAAUGGAUUCAAUAUUUUUCAUUGCAUCAAAGUUACUUAAAUCGACAUCACAGGGUGCAUCAACUACUUGUUAUGUUGCUCUGAGCCAAAAAACAGAAGGUGGAAGUGGAAAAUACUUUGCAGAUUGCAAUGAGAGCAAGUGCUCAAGACUUGCAAAUGAUGAAUUAGAAGCUCAAAAACUAUGGAACCAAACCCAAGCCUUGUUACAUAAUUAUUUUUGAAUUAUUAUUAUUACACAUUAAUUAAUUAUUAUUCCUGAGAUCGGAAGAG